GGGGUUAGUUUUUUGUUUCCUUUCAGAAAUGUUGAUGCUUGGAAAAUUUCGGACUUGAUGUUCUUGGCCAGGUCAAUGUUAUGGGCAUGUUAAGCAGACUCAGCCAUGAUACAGAUUUAGAAGUAGCAAUGGCUGCCAUAAUCUCCUUAGGUUUGAUAGGUGCUGGCACCAACAAUGCUCGAGUGGCUGGCAUGCUUCGGAAUCUUUCAAGCUAUUAUUACAAAGAAGCCAGUCUCCUUUUCUGUGUCCAAAUAGCUCAAGGUCUUGUCCAUCUGGGGAAGGGUUUGCUGACUCUGGCUCCAUUCCAUUCUGAACGAUUCCUGUUGUCUCCGACGGCACUAGCUGGAUUACUUAUAUUAUUGCAUGCCUGUCUGGACAUGAAAUCAAUCAUCUUAGGAAAAUAUCACUAUGUUCUUUACUUCCUUGUAUUGGCAAUGAAGCCUCGAAUGUUGAUGACUGUGGAUGAGAACCUGAAACCUGUGUCAGUGCCUGUUUGGGUAGGUCAAGCAGUAGAUGUGGUUGGCCAGGCUGGUCAGCCCAAGACCAUAACUGGAUUCCAAACACACUCAACCCCAGUUCUGUUGGCUGCUGGUGAUAGAGCCAAACUAGCAACCAAGAAAUAUGUUCCACUUUCGCCCAUUCUGGAGGGCUUUGUCAUCUUGAGAGAAAACCCGGAUUAUCAAGAGGAUCACUAGCCCUGAUUCUGUAGCAACUGGAAGAUGACAAAAUUCCUUGGGGCCUGGUGCAAGUCCCACCUUGUGGACUGGCCUGGCCAUCAUGCUUGAGUACGAUAUGGAAGUGACUGUUGCCUGUGAAAAUGGAUAUCACCUAUGGAAGGAGGUUUCUGCCGAUCAUUUGUUGAACUUAGGGAUUUGAAAAAAGACCUUGUGGUCUCUCUGCAGAUAUGCCUGGGGUCAUCUGUUUUCCUUGAAAGGGGGAAAGGGAAGAUUGGUUGUAUCUAAGACAAAAGCUUCAAGGUAUAUGCAAUGUGUCUUUUUCUGUUCCCAUUAAUUGUUUGAUUGAAUUGUUAAAUCUCUCUCCGCUGAAAAUAUUCCCUCUUCGGAGGGUCUUAGAAAGUUUGCCUGCUGGGCUUCCAGUUGAGCUUAUCGUUUUCAUGGAUUCCUUUGGGACACAAUUUCAAGAUGGCUGAAUAUUUGGCAUUUUAUUCCUUGAAAGUAGGACCUUGAAAUUUAUUUGGGGUGUUGGGGCGUCUCAUAGACGCCCCAUUAUCAUGAGAGGCCUGGUUUUGCAUAAUAAAGCCUUCUUAGGUAGCAUGGAGGUUGUGGAGUGAGCUGAAUUCUACGUGGGCACAAUUUAUGAAGGGUAUCUACUUCCCUAAAUGUGAUUUCUAAAAAACAAAAUUUGGGUUCUAAUCCAUCUUGGGCAUGAAGAAGUAUAGCGAAGUAUAAUGGAGGGGAGGAAAGUUCUUAAGGCUGGACUUCUGUGGCAUGUUGGUUCAGGAGAGAAGGUGCACAUCUGAUCUGACAACUGGGUUCCUGGUUUGCCUGGUUAUAAAAUUCAGUAUCCGCCAACCGAGAAUUUCCUGUCAAUGCUGGCCUCUGAAUAAAUAAAUCAUGAUAAUUGCUGUUGAAGUGCCUACCAUAUACUGUGUAACCGUGGAUUGAGAAAGAACUUGCUAAACCUUUAUCUGCAGCUGUUCAUAGGUGGAAGUGCUGUCAUCAGUAUGGAAGGCAAUGCACUGCCACAAAUUAAGAGUUUUUUAAUGGAAAGCAAUAGGUGAUGGUAUUGCAUUGGCAUCAGCGGCAAAUCCCUAUUGACACCCAGUGCCACAAAUGUAGUUUAGAAGCUGAAACGAAUGGUCAUAUCUUGGUGAACUGUCCCUUUGCAAGGGCUGUUUGGUUCUGGUAUAAUAUUUCACUUAUUAUUGUUGAUAAGGCUCAACUAUAUAGAUGUAUCCAAGGAUGGUCGGUCUUCUCCAGUCAAGGCAAAAGAAUUGCGGAAGAGAAUAUCCUUAUGCUCUUUCUUAUGGUGAUACUAAUUGGGGAGGUGGUUGCCAUCCGUGAAGGUCUUAUUUUGUGCUUGCAACAUGACUCAAGGGGUUCGGCCCUGUUGAUUAGGAUGAUUGUUGAUGACAGAAGAUGCUUUUCGUCUUACUUUGAGCAGUGUAUUUUUCAUUUGUUUCAAGGAAUGUAAACUCUAUUGCAGACUUACUUGCUAGGAUGGCCCUAUCUGUUACGGAUAUCAUAGUUUGGCCUUGUUUUGAUCUUUUUUCUAUCAACACAGAUGGCCAGAGUGUACUCCGUUCUAAUCAAUAAAUUUAUUUAUUUUUUCCGAUAA